AUGUCUAAUUCAAAGAAACUCAUCCUCGUUAUUGGCGCAACGGGUGCCCAGGGGCUCGCGGUCAUAGAUGCUCUGCUUGCGCCUAGCGAUGACGGCACGCCGUCACCGUAUGCCAUACGGGCACUCACGCGCAACCCUAACAAUGACCGCGCCCGCGCAUUGGCAGGGAAAGGCGUGGAGCUGGUCCAAGGCUCAGUGGAUGACUUUGCUGUCGUGGAGAAAGCCUUGACAGGCGUCUACGGCGCUUGGGUCAACACGGAUGGUUUCGUGAUCACAGAACAGAAGGAGAUCUACAUAGGAAUGAGGAUCUUCGAACUAGCGAAGCAAGUCAAGUCGGUCAGGCACUACGUUUGGAGCAACCUCGAUUAUGUGACCAAGCUGGCUAACUACAACCCGGACUACAAGUGCGACCACUACAAUGCCAAGGGCAGGGUCGCUGACUGGAUGAAAGCACAACCUUCCGUAGUGAGUGAUAACGAUAUGUCCUGGUCCGUGGUCACCACCGGACCCUACAUGGAGAUGCUGAAUAUCCACAUGUUCGGCCCUCUUAACAAACGCGAAGACGGCACGUACGUGUUUGCCAGUCCAGUGGGGAACGGGCAUGUCCCCAUGAUCGCCCUGGGUGACCUCGGCUGGUGGGCGCGCUACACGUUUGACCACCGUGCGAAGACAUCCACGAAGGAUCUCGAGAUCGCCAGCGACAUUGUCGGGUGGGACUACCUCGUCGCUAGCUUCCAGACGGUCACGGGUAACAAGGCUAUCUUCGUGAAGCAGUCGCUCGAUGAGUGGUUCGCGAACUUGAAUGGUAUCGAUAGACCUGUCGCGCGGGAGCAGAAGGUAGGUGACGGGACGACCACUUGGAGGCAAAAUUUUUCGGGCUUCUGGAGGGUGUGGAGGGAUGACAUUGUCAAGCGAGAUAUGGAGUGGAUUAGAAAGGUCCAUCCCGGGACUCGCUCCCUAGAGAAGUGGAUGAAGGAAGUAAGAUACGAGGGGAAGCUGCGCGGAGAUUUGUUGAAGGACGUCCAAGAUAGCGGAGGUCAGCCUUUCAACCUUGAGAGGACGAAGGGCCUUUGA